AUGAGUAAAAUGCUGUCAAGCAAGCAUAUACUUACCAUUUUGGUAACUAUCGUAAUAGCAAUAACAUACAAACCAUGUGUUUCAAUAAAUAAUGUAAACAAAGUAAAUAGAAUAAAAUUGUCAUUUUUGCAAAAGGACGCUGAUAAUCAGGACACGCCAGAAUCAGUGAAAAGUGGAGAAACAGUGGAUGUGGUGAGCAAUAAGGAUGUUGGAGCAGGCGGUGGAGCCACUAAGGAUUCUAGUGUAGACUCCCAUACAGAAACUAAGGAAGUUGAUAAGCAUGAACAGGAUAAAGCAGUAGGAGAACCUGCCAAGAAGGAAGAAGAACAAGGAGGAGGUGCAAAGAAUGAAAGUGAGGAUGCCGGCUCUGAGGAGAAAAAACCAACUGGGGAUGCUGAAGGUUCAAAAUCAGCUGAUAACGAUUCACAUGUAGAUGCUGGUACAGGUGGAGCCAAAGCAGACACGGGUAAACAUGAACACGAAGAACAUGAAGCAGAGGAUUCAUCAACCCAUAAGGAUAAUGAGGGUGCCAAGGAAGAGCAUAAGGAAUCUGGAGAACAAGAAAAUCACCAAGAGUCACCAGACGGCGGCCACAAACCAGGUGGUCAAGUCGAGAGUAAACAAACAGAGGCAGAGGGGCACACCCACAGUCAGGUGGAACACAACCGGGGGGAAGAGGCAGAUGCUACAAAAGGUGAAGGCGUAGCCGUUCACAAUCAAGCAACAUCUGAUGCCCAAACAGGAGGAGUCGCUGGUAGCCCAGAGGGCGCUCCGUCCAAAGAAGCAGCUCCGGACCAAACAGGAGCCUCGAAUGACGGUGGUAAAGGUGGCCAGGAGGACAAGCACGCCACAGAAACGCAGCAAGCAGAUACACAUGUGGUUGGCGAGGCACACCCGCACCAGCCAGCCGGAACACCUGAAGCAACACACCUUGCUGCACCAGCUCCUACACAGCCAUCCGAGAGUACCCAGAAUGUUGUUAAAGACCACGUGCAGCCAGCGGCCGAUACAAGUCACGCAGCUCCAGAGACUGGAGCCAGUGUAGCUCAACAAGGUAAUAAUACUCAAGCACCUACCAAUACUCAGACAGCGCCCAACCCAGUUGAUCUAGCCAGUUUAACUGACGAAGAAAAGAAGAGAGUUGUAGACUUUUGGAAAAAAGCCAGUGGAGACUGCUCCGUGGACUGCACCCACUCGUGUAGGAGCGAGCUGCAAGGAGCCACCCAGUGCGUGAGCGUAACUAACAACUCCCUAAGUUGCUCGACAUUUGGCGACUCAGCUACGCUGACGUGCCCAGAAGGUUAUACGCCCUGCACUCAGCCAGUGGUGACUUCGCUAAAAUCCUACACCGUCAAGAACAACGGUGUCGAAGUAGGGGCGCUGGAAGUCGACGGAUCAAAUUUCAGUAAGUGCAUGGGUCUGGCCCUCACAACGCCAGACGGAAGGUGUGAUAAAGCUAAUCUAGUGGCAAACCUCCUGUUCACAGCAGGAGCUCUGAACCUAGACUACGAGACGAAUGUAGCAGCAGAUAAGCUAACCUUCAGCGACCUCAGAAUUAAAAACGGCGAUUACAAGGUCUGUAUUUUCCAAAGGUACGAGGGGAACCCGGAGGGAAUGACAAUUUCGAACAUCCUGACGAAACUGAUGGAUUUCAUAAAUCCCACGUCCUCCACGCCGAACCAAACAAGAACGGUGUUCGUCAUGGAGGUAGGAACGCUGAAGGUAUCGGAUUAA